CUUUACGUCAGCUGCCAUAAAGCGUAGAACUGUAACGCUACUUUGUAGAAUGAUUGCCUGAAGCAGUUCCAUCCCAGUAAAGCUCAAUAUUUUCUUUUUGCACGUCUUCAAAAGGGUCAUCACGUCUAAGUCGAGUAUUUUAUUCCCAUUCAGUAUCCUCCUGUGCUGCGGGGAAGUGACGAGAGCGCGUGAAAGAAGCGUUGCUUUUAGCCAGUCAUCGCCAUGGCCUCCGACAGCGGCGACAGCAACCUGGACAGGGAGAUGAUUCUGGCGGACUUUCAGGCUUGCACUGGAAUCGACAACAUUGCAGAGGCAAUCACCCUGUUGGAGCUUAAUAACUGGGAUUUAGUGGCCGCCAUCAAUGGAGUGAUACCACAGGAGAAUGGCAUCUUGCAAAGUAACUUUUCCAGUGAGGCAAGCCAGGCCACCAUGUACGGACCUCACAGCCAGUCAGAAGCUGCUGAUGUCGUAGGCGAAGGCGCUGUUCCUUCGCAGUCCUCUUCGUCUCCUCCCCCAUUGUCUUCCUCGGCUUCCACGUUUUGCCCCAGCGCACCUUCCUCCCGACACAUCGUAGAGCGCCUGCCUCGGAUUCUCAAUUUUAGGGUGGAGUACCGGCAACGCACUGUUGAACUGGUGUUGGAGGAAGGCAGCACAGUCGGUGAAAUCAAGCAAAUCCUUGAGACAGAGCUUGGAGUUCCUGUAUCCAAAAUGCAGCUGAAAGGAUGGAAGAGUGGCGAUGUGUCCGAUAGUACGGUGCUACGAAGUUUACAUCUGCCCAGGAACAUUAGCCUGUAUGUUCUGACCCCCGACAUUACCCCUACCGCCAGCACCAGCAAAAACAGUGCUCUCCCAGACUCGCUAAACCAGAACUUUCUGCUGGUCAUCAGUCACCAUGAGGCCCAGAGGGACUACAACCUCAAUUUCCCCGGCUCUAGAACCAUACAAGAGGUGAAGAGGAAUGUUUCAGACCUAACCAACAUCCCAGUACGGCAUCAACAGUGGGAAGGAUGGCCAGCAUCAGCCUCUGAUGACUCUAUGACGCUAGCUGCCUCUGGGAUCAACUAUCCCUGCCAUCACCUCACUGUUUGUCGAAGGUCCUCACCAGCCAAUGUCCAGGAGCCCGCAGAAGAGUGUGCAGAUGUCCACAUGAUUAGUGAUAGCGAGGGGGAUGAUUUUGAAGACGCGUCAGAGUUUGGUGUGGAUGAUUCAGAGAUGUUUGGAACAGGCUCCUCCAACUGUCGGAAAACGCCUAUGAUGCCAGAGAAUAGUGAGAAUGAAGCUGAUGCCUUACUGCACUUUACUGCGGAAUUUUCUUCAAGGUAUGGAGAAAACCACCCAAUGUUCUUCAUUGGAUCUUUGGAGGCAGCGUCUCAAGAGGCCUUCUAUGGCAAAGCCAGAGAAAGAAAGCUGCUGGCUAUCUACCUCCACAACGACGACAGUGUCCUCAGCAAUGUCUUCUGUUCCCAAAUGAUGUGUGCCGACUCCAUUGUCUCCUACCUGAGCCAGAACUUCAUUACAUGGGCUUGGGACGUUACUAAAGAACCCAACAAAGCCAGGCUACUUACCAUUUGCACAAGACAUUUUGGCAGUGUGGUGACACAGACUAUACGGACAUACAAGACAGACCAGUUUCCUCUGCUUCUUAUAGUCAUGGGAAAACGUACCUCCAAUGAAGUUCUAAAUGUUAUUCAAGGAAAUAAGACAGUGGAUGAGCUAAUGAUGAGGUUAAUGGGAGCAAUGGAAAUCUUCACAGCACAGCAACAAGAGGACAUUAAAGAUGAGGACGAGCGUGAAGCAAGAGAGAUGGUGAAGAGAGAACAGGACGAGGCCUACCGUCUGUCUCUGGAGGCUGACCGAAAGAAGAGGGAAGCUCAAGAGCGAGUGGAGGCCGAGCAAGUUCGAUUGGAACAGAUGAGAAAGGAGCAAGAAGAAGAGAAGGAGGCAAUACGUUUGUCACUGGAGCAGACCCUACCACCAGAGCCUGGUGAGGAGUCAUUGGAGCAGAUCAGCAAGCUGCGAAUCCGCACGCCCAGUGGCGAGUUUCUGGAAAGGCGCUUCCUGGGCAGCUGUAAGCUCCAGGUCCUGUUUGACUUUGUGGCCUCCAAGGGAUACCCAUUUGACGAGUUCAAGCUCCUCACCACCUUCCCUCGUAGAAAUAUCACCCAGUUGGAUCCAGGAUCAACUCUACUGGAAGCAAAGUUGUUUCCACAGGAGACUCUCUUCCUGGAGGCCAAAGAGUAGAAAGUGACUGACUGAACUGGCCGAACACAUGAGCAUGGGCCCAAAACCACCUGGGUCUCCACAGUACAAACACAUGCACACGCGCACACAUACAUGGACACACUGGCAUGUACAUGCAGUGACACUCAAGUGCAAGUAAGCUUCUCUGCCCUCGGCCUGGUUAUGGUACACCUCUGCCUGGUGUACAUGUUGUUGCACAGAGAAGCAAAGACAAUAUCGCAAGCACACAGCCAAUCCCCCUUCCGAACAAAAACUACAACUCCCCCAACCCUAAAUCUUUUUCUCAUCCUCUCCAAGUCUCCCACACGCUUCACAUCAAGUGUGUGUCAUCACUUGCCCCAAACACACAACACAGUGAUGGCAUGGAGAUCCCGACUAGACAGACCUUUGUCACAGGAAAAACACUUCUUCACCCUCCGCACCCCUCAUUCACCACAUUCAACGUAACCGAGGUCCUUUGUUACCACAUGGGUUUUGCGUUUGAAAGAUUCAAUAAAAGCCAGCGAGGAGACAAGAUGUCUCAUGUCCGCCUAUAUUUACCCUAUUUUUUUCAAACCUACCCAUCAUACGCUGCCCUUUGCCAUUCCUCCACCUCCAAGUCUGCUUUUAACACCCACAACUGCAUAAGCCAACAGAUUGUUGUUUUUGUUUUUUCCUCUUGAGCAUUUUUAAGUUUGAUUCUGUAUUAGUUUUAAUUUGAUAUGUUAUAUAAAAUAUAUGAAUUUGAACAUCA